GUUAGCCGACGUAAGCUUGUCAAAGGUCCUAAAUAAAAACAAGUCUAGAUUGCAAUUUUGGUAAGGAAAUUACAAAUGUCAACAGUGACUCGUGGUCAUUCUUAUCUAUUGCGGUCCCGUUAACGGGGUGCAGGUAGCGGACUAACCCUUUGUUAGGGAGCCGGCGGGGGUAAACCCACCCCUCGAGAUAAGCCACGCCCCCAACUAACCGAGAGACGCUUGGGCAAGUGAAGCUUUAGUUACUCGCAUCUUGCGCUUCGAGACGGACAUACGCAAUUCCCUGCUACCAUGGCACUGUGGACACCGUACGCUGACGACGUCGCUUUGGAUCUCAGUAAAACCGAAGUGAAGAAGGAACCGGAGCCCAAGGUGCCUCCGAGCAUCGAAAGUGCAGCUCCUGCAGUGUACGGAUAUGGAUAUCACUCGUAUCCGACGGUGCCUGCUGGACAUCCAGCAUACUACAGUGGCUACUAUUACACUCGUGACUAUUUGGUGCCGCCAACCCAUCCGUCGCCGGUGUCUGGACAUGACUUCGUGGUGCCCCAAACUCAGAUAUCACCGAUAUCAGGCGGCAGCACCUGUUCCAGCUAUGAAGCAUCAGUGCCGCCAGUUUCUGUCAGUCCCCAGUACGGGAACUACCCAGCUCGACCGCCGUCGCCGCCUGAAUCACCGUUAGCGAAUUCGAAACGUCUGUGUAUGGAUGUGGACGCGCUGUCCGACGAUCCCGACUUCCAGGCAUUCGAAAGGGAUGCGCUGAGGGCUAUGGCGGAGAAGAAUGGUGGAUCACUUCUUGGGAACAACCCAAGGAUGCGUCGAGCUGUGCGGUCCACCAACCAAGACUCGGCCAACGACGCGUAUAGGAAGCAGCGCGAGAGGAAUAACUACGCAGCCAAGCAGAGCAGGGACCGGAGGAAGAUGAGGGAGAUCCACUUGGCUCUGAAAGUGUCGUUCCUCAAGAACGAAGUUGCCAAUUUGAAAGCAAAAUUGGCGUCUAAAGCUUGCAGUCGAUGUCAAGCGCUUUGCUUAUGUUAAGACUUUUGUUUACCUAAACUACUCAUGACUUGUGCAAUCUCAAUAGUUGUAAUAUUUUUGAUAAUACCGUAGAGGUAAUAAGUUUUUGCAAUGUAUAAUUAAUUGAUAUUGAUAUUGUGCAAUUUAAUUUAUAAAGACUGAUGUAUUAGUACUUAAGUACUUGGUACCAAAGGGGUACAUGUAAUUAGGUAUUUAGAAUUAGUCUAUAAAAUAGUUAUAAGGUAAAUCUAGUCUAGGAAGCUG